ACGGACAGCGGAAUUUAUAAAUAUAUAGGUUACUUGGAAUUAAGUGCAGCUGUUUCAACGUAGUCAACAAAAUAAUUGCGGUUGGUUGUUAGAUUCACUAUAAAAACCCUUUUGAAUUUAAUCACCAAACCCUAAUGUGCAACAAACAACUGAGAAUUAAACCUGUGUUUCUGCUGUCAUGUGGGUCUUUCAAUCCAAUUACUGUAAUGCACAUGCGAAUGAUGGAACUAGCAAGAGAUAAGAUUGAAAACAUGCAUUUGUCAACAAAAGAAUCUCAUCAUGUUUUGUCUGAGGAGAAUAACCAGUUCACUCAAAAAGAAUAUAGUGAUGACCAUCCAAUAAAUUAUGACCAUCAGACAGUCGUCGUUGGUGGUAUAUUCAGUCCUGUGUCCAAUCUGUAUGAAAAGAAAGGUCUCCUACCUGCCUCUAUACGCGUCGAGCUUACACGAUUAGCCUGUAUUUCUGCAUCCGACUGGUUGGCCGUAAGCAAUUGGGAGUGUUCACAAUCAAUUUGGUUGAGAACUCGAGUGGUCUUAGAUCACAUUUAUAGUGUCUUGAAUAAUACGUACUCGAAUUUAAGUAACAAUGACGAAACCGAAAUUGACUCAGUUCCGAGAAAAAAGACUUGCUUCGCACCAAGCAAUUUUUAUCCCACUGAUGGUUUAAUUAAUGAACACAACGAACAAACGAAACUUUCAUCACUAGAGGGCAUGGCGACUGACCUCUGGCUUAAGAGUUGCUUUCAUCUUGACUCUCUUAUUGAUAUUAGUAACAUAAAAUGUAGCGAAAACCAAGUACAUGAUACUAAUGAUGAUCAUUUCAACAGCAAUCUCUUCGCUUCAUUAUCAUCUGUAGAUAGAUCAUGUUACUGUCGCAAAAACAAUACCGCAAACGUUUUGCUAUCAAAACCUUGUGUGAAAUUAGUUUGUGGUGCUGAUCUUCUGGAAUCAUUCAAAACUCCAAAUUUGUGGUCAGCCGAAGAUAUUGAAACGAUUGUUCGUGACUAUGGUAUAAUUUGUAUUAGUCGACCUUCAUAUGAGCCUUUAAAAAUUAUCAAUGAGUCAAACAUUUUGGGCAAAUAUAAGGAUAAUAUAAGUUUAGUGAUAGACAAUUGUCAGAAUUCACUAAGCUCUACUUUCGUACGUCAUGCUUUAUCAAAUGGUAAAAGUGUACGUUACCUCGUUCCAGAUCGUACUUUGGAAUAUAUUUAUACACAUAAAUUAUAUGAUGCCAAAAAAAGAUGUGUUAAUUUACUUGAAUCGAAGACUAGAACAGAAGUACAACACUAAUUACCAAAGAUUUCAUGGUGCAUUUUUCAAACAGUUGAAUCAUUUGAUUAUUCUUGUUAACAUAAAAUUGUAAAUACACCUUGAUAUACGUAUAUUACUCAUGUUGAUUGGAUUAAAUUUCUUGAAAUUGUGCAAUUACUUCAUUUUAUGAUUCUAUCCUGUAAAAUGAUUUACUUAUCACGCUAUCAUUUGAAAUAAACUUAUACAAUUAAUUUGCUA